AUGCCCGUUGCCCAGAACUUGAACCUCAGCGGACGCUUUGCGUUGGUAGUGGACUCCGUUUUUUCAGGCGAGGAGUGCCAGGAGCUCAUUGAUCUCGCGGAGCGCAGCGACGGUUUUGCUCACGCAACAGUGAACGACAAUGGUCAGCAAGUUGCUUGCAAGCAGAUCCGCAACUGUUUGCGCUGGCUAAACGACGAUGCCAGCCUCGCUGAUUGCGUCUUGCAGCGCUUGAGAGAUGUCCUUCCAUUGACUUGGAGCGGGAGAACCUUGUCUCGCUUGAACAAUCAGUUAAAGUUCUUGCGCUACUCCAAAGGUCACUAUUUCAAGCCUCAUUUCGAUGGGGAGUACACAACUCCGGAUGGCAGCGAGACCAGUUUCAUCACCGUUCAGAUCUAUCUCAAUGAGGGCUUCUCUGGUGGGGAGACGACUUUCCUCCGUUUCACAGGGCUCGAACGGAAGAUUCUCCACUCAGUGACCCCGAAGACAGGGAGGGUGCUCAUCUUUGAGCAUGAGAUGCUUCAUGAAGGCAGCGUGGUGAAAGAGGGGACGAAGUAUGUUAUUCGAACAGACGUCAUGUAUAGAUGA